AUGUUUGCUAUCAGGAGGCCACAUACAGCUUCCGUUAUCGGAAUACCUUGCUCUGACAACGAAGCAAUGUUCUAGGUACCUCCUCCUCUCUCCACGAUACCCAGCUCUUAUCGACCUUCAACGCCUGAAUCUGGGCUAACAAUCGUCUCCCAAAAAGCUGGUCCUUCAUUCAAGGCCUCCUCUUGGGCCAACUGUUCGUAAUCCUAACCCUCGGCUGCUUUAUAAAAUUCUUCAUAUUCGGUGAUUCGCCCGACUCCACUUCGAAGAGCAUCUACGCAAAGCCUCCCGCCCCCCAAAAGUACUCCCGGAGCCAAUCCCAUCUGCGAAAAAAGCGCUCCUCGGUCCUCCGCGACCCCCCGUCGCAAUCCACCGAGACAAUCCUAUCAAAGACGUACUACGAUGUCCGCUCCCACCAGCCCGAAUCCCUUGACUGGUUCAACGUGCUCAUCGCCCAGACGCUAGCACAGUUCCGCGAGGACGCUCGCACCGAUGACGCGAUCCUGAAGUCACUGGAUAACCUCCUGAACGCCCCGCAGAAGCCAGACUUCCUGGACUCGAUCCGGGUGACGGAGGUCUCGCUCGGCGAGGACUUUCCCAUCUUUUCCAAUUGCAGGAUCUCGCCGAGUGAUGAUGAACCCGGGAAGCUACAGGCGAGGAUGGACGUCGAUCUCAGCGAUUUGAUCACUCUAGGAGUCGAAACGAAGCUACUGUUGAACUGGCCAAAGCCUUUGGUUGCGGUGUUGCCGGUUGCUCUGGCCGUCUCGAUUGUUCGGUUUUCGGGAACGUUGUCGAUUUCGUUCAUUCCUUCGCCGGAGAAUUUGGCUGGGAGCACUACACUUGCGUUUAGUUUUCUGGAUGAUUAUAGGCUUGAGAUUGCCGUGAGCAGUCUUGUGGGGUCUAGAUCUAGGUUGCAGGAUGUUCCGAAGAUAGCUCAGCUUGUCGAGGGCCGUUUGCAUAGUUGGAUUGACGAGAGGUGUGUGGAGCCCAAGUUUCAGCAGAUCGUCCUGCCCUCGCUAUGGCCCAGAAAGCGGACGACGAGGGAGCAAUCGAGGCCCGGCGAGGGGGCGGAUGACGUUGAUCUCUCUGGGGGAAUUGCUGAUGGCCAGAGACGGAGGCCCUAGACAGUGGUGCAUACCUAGUUCUUUGUGACAACUUUCGUUUCCUCAUUUUCCUCUCAAGCAUCGUUUUAUGAUUACACGACACAGUAACACGCUUUUCUUAGUAAUUCAGCGUGUAUCAAUAAUAAUAGGUGCCUCGGAUUCACCAGCCAUGCGGUCAAGCCAACGGAUGAAAUAAAUAAAUUAUAUCUCUAGAGCAGCCACAAGCAAUCACUCGUGUAAUUUUGAUUUUUGAUUUUGAGUUU